CCACAAGUUUACAGGUUUUUGUUUGACGUUUAAAAUAUUUUGACAUCCAAAUGUCAAGUUUUCGAUGAGAUUUAAUUUUUGUUGUUUAAAUCAGCUUAAGCUCACAAAAUUGAUCAAAUAAAAUGAACUCUGACAAUUUAAAUAUAAUUUUAAUUCAUAAACAAAAAACAGAGGAAUAUAUAAAAGUUUUACAAAGCUUCUUCCUCUUUGAGACACCAAAUACAAGAAAAAAACGACUUCGAAGCAUCCAGAUAGCUAAAUUGGUAAAGAUGAGAAAAGAGAUUUUUGAUGAAAUAGAAAAACUCAACUCCCAGAGGACCAUUUGGACAAAGAUACGUACCAGCACAUUCUGGGAAGAAGAAGUUAUGCAAAACAAUAAUGAACAUUUUAAGCAACACUUUAGAAUGUCUCGGGAUACCUUCGAAGUUCUAUGCAAUGAAGUCAGAAACUUAGAGAAGCACGACACACGUUACAGGAAGUCUAUUCCACUGAGAAAAAGAGUAGCCAUAGCUAUCUAUACUCUUGGCUCAUCUGCGGAGUAUAGAACCAUUUCGGCUCUUUUUGGUGUAGGCAUAUCGACAGUUUAUAUUAUCUUAAAAACUUUUUGUAAAGAAGCCUGGCGUGUCCUUCACCCUAAAUAUCUAUGUGCUUAUCCACUCACUUCAGACAUUAUAAAAGAAAAUGUAGAUGGCUUUCAAAAGCUUGGUUUCCCCCAAUGUUUUGGAGCUAUAGAUGGUUGUCAUAUAGAGAUUCAACCCCCUUCACAAGAUGCUGUCGAUUAUUAUAAUUAUAAAGGAUGGUACUCGAUGGUUUUAUUGGCUAUAGUUGAUUAUCGCUAUAGAUUCCUUUACAUAAACGUUGGAAGUCCGGGCCGCUGCAAUGAUUCUCAAAUUUUUGAAAAUUCAUAUGUUAAAGAACAGCACCAACAACCAAUUCUUAAAGAAAUGUCGAAGAAUCUUUGCGGUGUAGAUAUUCCUGUUUUACUUCUCGGAGAUUCAGCAUUCAGGUUAUCUGAAUAUUUAAUGAAACCGUAUCCUUUUAAUACCACAGCAACAGAAGCAGAAAAAAAUUUUAACUAUGUUCUUUCGAAAUGCCGAAGAGUAGUUGAAAAUUCUUUUGGUCAUCUUAAAGCAAGGUUUAGAAGAUUAGGAAAAGGUCUCGAUAACCGCAUCGACAACAGUACAUUGAUAAUCAAAACAGCUUGUGUUUUACACAAUUUCUUGAACGUUUUUAAUGACGACAUAAAUAUUCAGUGGUUGCAAAAUGCAAAUAAUACUCUAGAGAGAGAACAACCUGAAAAUAUUACCCAAAGAGAUGACUUUCUACCAACGCCUUCAAUUAUACGAAACGCUAUCACCAUGCAUUUAGAUGUGGAUGCACCCUCAUCAGGCGAUGGAGAUAAUGGGUUUUCUUUGUUGGAGCAUUCUGAAUACUCAUGGUCCUCUAUCACCGUGAUAUCUAAUGAUGAAACUGCAGCCGUAGACCCACUUGAAUUGGAAAUGGACUCUGAAAGAAUAUAAAAUAGAGUGUGUAAUGUAUUUACAUACAUGAAUUUUGUUAAAAUUAUAAUUUUACCUGAAGGACGACUGUCUUCCACAACAAACUCUAAAUUGUGUAUCCGGUGUCCUCCAAGAAUGCUGUGUA